AUGGCUCUAAUUCGAUAUUUUGCUCUUUUAUCUAUCUUGAUUGCGAUUGUAAUUGGUUGUCAGCCACCAGAUUGCAAAAAUGUAGACUGUGGAACCUGUGGUAACGCAUGCUGCACUCUAAUGUGGUCAUUCACACCUGGUAAAAGCGCAGCAGAUAAAAUUUAUCAACUAAUGGUUACAAAUUUCAUGAAAGGUGGAGCAGAUCAUCGUUAUAAAUUCGUUAAAGGAUCCAAUUUAACAACGUUUAAGAAUCCUGAAAAUGUCCAGUAUUUGCUACAGGCAAUACAUCGCACGAAAGUCCACAAGUACAAUGACACCCUCAACAUUGCGAUCUAUAAAAUGGAUAACUCAACAAGUGUUGCUAAAGGAUUUUCUAUCUCACAAAUUGCUGGUGCGUACUGUGAUCACGGUCAGAACUACAAAAAUUUAGUUGGAUUUGUGAAGGGCUUAGGUACGGAAUACAAUACAAACAGAGAAUAG